ACAGAGCAAAUAAUGAGGCUAUAAGAAAAGCAGUCGUUCGAGAUCAAGCUGUAUCACACUUGCCAGACAUCUGGAGAACUUUAACGAUGAGCAUAUUAAACAUCGACAAGAAAAAGGCGUUAUUCGAAUGA